GGUGCAACAAGUUGAAGUGAGAAAACCUAUGUUUGUCUCACUUUAACUUAAUGCACCAGUUCAGCAGUGCAGACAAAACGAACAAGCCUACUGGCACGAGACCUCCAACGUCAACGCUGGAUUUGUCUCUGGCUCCUGCAGACCCUUAACAGCUUUGACAAGUUAUAUUUCACUUUAUACAACGAUCUCAGGUCUCUUACGCUACUUUAUAGGAAAAUGAAAUUGACGUCGCUACUUUUUCGUAAUGGUAGACGGCCUCAAAAUCCGGAUAAAACACCAUUCAAAGCGGUAGCACCGUUAGUACUAAAGGACUACGUAACCAAAAAUCACAAAGUAACAGAACGUGGAUGUUUAUAUGAAACAUCCCUUUUCUUAUCAUGUCUUGAAGAAAACGAAUUUGAGGACAAAAAUUGUGUUCCACAAAUGAACUUAUUAGAUGCAUGUUAUAAGAAAUACAAUCACGAUAUGAUAGAGAAGAAGAUUAAAUCUAGGAGCAAAGCACUUGUACCUAACAGUAAGAAUCAUACAUCUAAUCAAAUCUCACACCUCCUUCGAAAGUAUCCAACAAUAUAAUAUUUUUCUUGUUAAGACAUUCAUGUAUAGUGUAUGAACACUUAGAUUAUAAUAUACAAUAUAAAUAU